GUUUACAAGGAGCUGAUCUCCAUUCGCGACGAGCAGUUUGGGGUCAGCGGCACAGGACCUGGCGGUCUGUCGGGGGGCACUAUCACCGUGCCGCUGGCUCAGGCUCGCAAGGAGGUGACCCGCGUGUUGCAGAGCCACCUGCAGAUCAUGUCAGCUGGAGUGAGCGUGUUCCACGCCUGCCAAGAAUCUCUGCAAAUCGCUGACGGCGACUUCCAACUCGAAGCAUAUGGUGUCAUUGGCUACACGCAGCUACGUUUGGCGCGGCCCCAAAAGAAGCUUGCCACCGCAGUUCCUGACGGGGGCCUGGGCGCGAGCGCAGACGCCGGGGAGCGGUCUGAUCGCGACAAGGAGUGGGCCGCGCUGACCACCUGGCUGCGGAUGAACCUCCACCAGCCGCGGACCGCCAAGCGGGAGGUCCUAUUCCUGGGAAGACACAACGAGGACAGGGGCUGGCACUUCUUUUUGAAUCCGGCACUGUUGUGGGAUGACGUGAGCCAGGAAACCAAGAUGCGACUGAGGACACUGCCCCGGGAGACGGAGCUGGCCUUCGCUCGCAAGUACCCCGGCAAGCCAUGUCGCGACUGGGUCAAGAAGACCCAGAAGUAUCGGCCCCCUGGCUGCCCUGUGACGUAUGCGGUGCCGCUGGCGGAUAUGCCGGUACACCUGAUGGACAGUGCGCUGGUCGUGUACAUGGCGCUGUGCGUCGUUAUCUUCCGUUUUUCAAAUCGAAAUUAUUACUAUGGGGGUUUUAGUGCUGGUGCGGCUGCAUGGCGUCUGAAGAAGCAAAAUGCAGCCGAGGCCGGCAGCUGGCCAGAUGAGUACGGAAGAGAGCGCAUGAAUAUCUUUGCGCUGUUUGAGGGUGACUAG